AUGGCGUGGCUUUUCGACAGCGUGCUGCCAAGUGAAGGGCUCGUCUAUCCCAAUAUCCUCGCUCUGGCGGUUGCGAUCAUUACCAUCGCAGUAAGCACCACAGCUAUCUACAGGUUGUAUCUGCAUCCUCUUGCGAAGUUUCCUGGUCCAUUCUGGGCUCGCUUGACAACCAUUCCCUCGUACUGGCAUACGCACAAAGGCGAUCGUCAUGUAUGGCUGUGGCGUCUCCAGCAGCAAUAUGGCACAACAUUCCGCUAUCGCCCAGAUGCCGUCUUGAUCAACACACCAACAGGCUACCGCACAAUCUUCGGCCCCAAAGGCAACGUCCGCAAAAGCGACUACUACCGCAUCUGGCCCAGCGACUCCUCCGUCUCCAACGCCUGGAACGCAACCGAAAUAUCCAUCCACGGCCCCAAACGUCGAGUCCUCAACCACGCCUUCUCGGAAAAAGCCCUGCGCUCCGCCGAACCCUUCAUCCAAUCCAACACCGACCGCUGGUGCGAACUCAUCUCCAACCGCAUUCCCAAAUCCAACGAAUGGAGCCCCUCCCUCAACAUGACCAAGGAAAUCAACCACCUAAUCUUCGACAUCCUCGGAGACCUCUGCUUCGGAAAAUCCUUCGAAAUGAAAGAACCCGCUUCAAAACUCCGUUACGUGCCCGAACUCCUCGCUGAUUUUCUCGUCCUCAUGCAUCCCAUCGGUUUCUCCCCAAUCGCAGAUUUCUGGGUAUGGUUAAAACCUCGCGGUCUCGAUGCUCUCCUCGCCUACACCGCUCCCGCCGCACUAGCAGGUUGGGAGAACUUCGUGGCAAAAUGUCUUCAAGACCGCACGAAAGUCGAAGAAGAAGUCCGGGAAGGGAAACUCGAAGCUCGACAAGAUUUCUUCUAUUACCUCUUCGACGCCAAAGAUCCCGAAACGGGGAAAGGGUACACGAGACAGGAACUUUACAAUGAAUGUGAACUUCUCAUUAUUGCCGGGUCGGAUACGACGAGUAUUGUGACGAGUGCUAUGAUGUUUUACAUGUCACGGAAUUUAGAGAUCCAGGCCAAGUUGGCGAAAGAGGUUUGUGGGGCUUUUAAGUCGGCGGGGGAGAUUCAGAGUGGAUUGAAAAUGCAGAGUUGCAGAUAUUUGCGAGCGUUUAUUCAGGAAGCUUUACGCAUGUGUCCACCAGUACCCGCAGACCUUGCGCGUCAAGUUCGAGCGGGAGGCACGACCGUCGAAGGGCAUUACUUCCCCGAAGGAACGAAACUCUCCACGGCCCUCUACUGCCUCUCCUACAACGAGGACGUAUUCCCAGAACCCUUCUCUUUCAAACCCGAACGUUGGAUUCUGGGAGAAAGCGGUGGUUGCGCGACGGAAGAGAGUCUGGCGUUGGCGGAGAGUGGAUUUUGCUCUUUUUCGACGGGGAGUAGGGGUUGUAUUGGGAGGAAUUUGGCGUGGAUGGAGAUGAUGAUUGUGAUGGCGAAAGUUGUGUGGAAUUUUGAGAUUCGGCAGGAUGAGGGGAAUCCGCUGGGGGCGGGGGAUGAGAAGGGGCCGGAGGGGAGGAGGUGUGUGGAUCAGUAUCAGGUUAAGGAUGCUUUUGUUGCGAUGAGGGAUGGGCCUAUGAUUCAGUUUCGGAGGAGGACGCAUGAGUGA